AUGCGCGGCCCAAUCCUCCAGCCAGCCCGCUUCCCGGCCUGCCCCGCGUCACGCGGUCCGGUCCGCCCCGAGCUCCCGCUCGCGCAGCAGCCCGCGGAGCACGCGCCACGCCCCUGCCACCGGGCCCCACUCGCAGCAGCCCAGCGCCCAGCUUCUCCCACGCGCUCGUGGCCGCUCCCGCCGACGCCCCUGGCCCACCUGUCGGCGUUACUCGCCCGCUCCGCCAGCGCCCGCGUCCUCCCGCUGCAGCCCGGCCCCACACGCCAGCUCCACCCACUCGCUGCCAGCCCGGGCCCGCUCGCCAGGUCUGUCCUCCUCCUUCCCCGCUCGCACAACCGCCCGCCCGCGAUCACGGCCGCGAUUCCCGCCGGCCUCUCCCUGGGCGCGCCUCCCCAAGAUGCCCGGGGCCUCCCUUUAUUUGGCCCGCAGCCCUGCGCCUCCACCAUCCCUCCCACCCGCCGUCACCAGAGCCGCCCCCAAACCCUAGCUCGCUGCGCCACGCCCUGCUCCGUCGGGCCGACGAUUUGCGCCGCCGUGAGCACGCCGCCCCGUCGCACCUCAGGCCGCCAGGACUCCCGCACCUGCUACGCCUCGGCGCCCAGGAUCUCACCGAGCUUCCGGUCCCACGAGUUCAGCCACGCCAGCGCCGGGAUUUCGCCUAGCCUCCGCCGCAGGUGA